GACUUCCAUGCCCUCUUCAACAAAGAGAUCGAUCGCUAUUUGGCCAAGCUUGCCACUCGCGGCAAAACAGCAGCAGGUCAGCGCGAAGAUCAACCAUAUGUUCCUGAGUUGAAACGUCUGGCGCGACAGAUGGCUGAAAGCGUUCUGCAGCGCCUGGCUGCCAAUGCCACAAAGUGGGGCUUGGAUCAGCAGGCACUGGAUGGAAAGCUCGCAUCGCAGCCCUCCACACAAUCCAGAGCUGCAAACAAGUCUGCAAGACUGGACAAACUGAGAUUAAGGUGCCAAGACUUGGAAGCGGAAGUGCGCAGGCAUAAGCAGGAGGAGGACAAAAGAAAAGCUGAAGUGCUGGCAAGAUUCAAGGCCCAGUACGAUGCCAUCUUGCACUCCCAGGAGCAGGACGCGGUGGUUUGCUCUGUGAUGUAUAGGCUGUUCGUGCAGUUGCUUCGACUGAGUCUUUGGACGCCGCCCUGGAUUCAUGUGCUAUGGCAGGACUUGCUCCAAAUUCGCAGAGCAGUUGCUGUGACAGAGGAUGGUGCCUACAAUGGGACGUUGCUCGGUCAAGAGCUGUCGGAACAGCUCAAAAGUAUCCAGAGCCAGCUUUCCAGUACGAAGGCUCACGUCAUCGAGCUGGACAGCUUGAAGCUCAACUUGGAUAAGAUCGAGGAUCAGCAGCGCAGGGCAAUUCCUCCAAUGGAAGCCUUGUUGGCCAGCACUAUGGACACUUGGCCAGACGACACGGAGGACGAGGUACUGGCUGCCAACAUCCGGUGUGCAACAGACUUCGGCAGCAUCAGUCCUAUUGAGAGCGGGGCAGCUGCUUUGGUGGUGCGGCUGGCCGUGGCAGUGGCGGUCCAUGACGGCCUGUUCCAGGCAUUCGGAUAUACUGCACUGAUCACCGUUUUCCGAGAUGCUGCUAUUUUCAACGCACGCGCUGGCUAUCCACGAAACGAAAGCCUUCGCAGCAUGGCUGUCGAGUUGAUAAGCAUGAUCGGAGGAGCCAGGGCUUGGGUUGUGCAUCUGCGCACCGCUGCGACUGGUGACAUCUUCGAGCUCAGGUCCCACGGCACGGAGAAUGCGGCAUUCAUGGGACAAGGCGUCGAAGGAAAGCAAGGGCCUUUGGGUUCGUCCUUGCGGGCGUCCCAGCAGGUGAACGCGGAUCACCAAGAUCCAAUGGCUUUCUGCCUCUAUGGCUACGUGCACGCGCUCUUUGUGGAGUACAGGCACACUGCGGAGCAGCUCUUGGGCGGAGAGACCGGUGAGACGGACUUCCUCGAGAGCUCAGACUGGCCGUUGUCUUCCCUUGACUUACAUCUUAGCUUGCACUCGACGCUGGACUUUCGAUCCUCGCCGAAUUGCCAUGAAAUCGUCGAUCCACAGCUUCUGUCGAGAUCUGCUGUGCAGGAGCUUCUGCGCUUGCCAGAGACAUCGUCUGGCAGCUGGAAUGCGAGGCCAUUCAAGGUUGCAGCACUCGGUCUUCACGUUGCCAGCACUCUGGAGCCUUUUGCCGCCAUUCGCGAAGCUGCACGUCGAUCUGGCCUGGAAGAUGGCCUUGACGUGUUCUUUGCUGGGCACCCGUGCUAUGGCCGGCCUGGAGACAAAACGCUGAAGCAUGCCUGCAUUCACAAAUGUCAGAUGCUGGGUUCUCCAUGUGAAGACGAUGAGGUCGCCGAAUUUCUCAAGCGCAUGUUCAACAGCUCAGGCUUUUAUGAGGAAGUUCCGUGGUCGGUGUCGGAAGCGCUCAGCGAGCUAAGUGGCCUGUGGCAACGCGAACCUGCCAUCAGCAGUGCCGACGUCAUCAUAUGUUCGGGCCCAAUGUCCCUGUGCUACUUGAUUGACGUGCUCGCCCCCUCGACCCCAUUGGUGGUGCCGGUUUGCUCUCAACUGCUUUGGGGAGCUCCGCCUGGCAACGACUUUCGAGCUGCUCUCUUGCAGCAUGUUCGGAAGUCCGAGUUUGGGUCCAGGCGAGUUGUGGUGGCAUGCAAUGCCUUUGCGGCUUCGCAGUGCCUCUACCAGACUGGCGCCAGUCUUCCAGUUGUCGAGCGGGUGGCACACUACCUUCCACCUGACGUGGUUUGGAAAGCUCAGGAUGCAGAUCAUUGGAAGGAGGUUUUGGUCCUUCGAGCCCGCUACUGGCACCGACUUCCUGGGCAGUACUUCAUGGAUGUCCUCGAAUCCUACCUCAGGCUGAAUCAGGUCAGCCACAACUACACUUUCGUGAUGGCCGCAUCUUUUGGGCCCGACGAGCUACCGCCUGAGGAAAUCGCCAACUAUCGUGCAGCGGUCCUCGUUCCCAACGAUUUGACUGUCUUUGCUUUCAUCGAAGUCUAUGCAUUAGGGGUGCCGGUCUUUGUUCCACGCCCCUCGUGGCUUUAUCGCUUGCGACGUGCUGCGCCGUUUGGCUUUCUCCAGCCAGCAUUUGCACUGCCAGACGUCUCUGGAAUACAUCACAAGUUUUCGCAUGCUCCUUUCCUCAGUGGUGCUGGCGGGCGAGAAGACCUUUCUGCGUUUCUGUUUUGGCAGAAGACGUCUGAGCUCCACUCCAGACCACAUGUGCAGCAAUUCAGCAGCAUCCCCGAACUCAUCCAACUCAGCGGAUCCGUGGAUCUGAAUGCCGUGAGCCGUGGGAUGCUGGAGCACCUGGAAGAACUUCGCAAACGGGCUCUGGCCUUCUGGACGAACGUUCUGCACAGGUCCUUGGAGGAAGGCCCCGCAGAAGGCCCCACAGAGCCGGCACCCGAGCACCAAGCCGCCGGCGCCCCUGGAGCCCCUGGAGCUCCUGGAGCUCCUGGACCCAUUGGAGCCCCUGGCGCCGGCUUUGGCUCCGGCCCUGGCGGCCUCCACGCUGUGCUCGACUGUAGCUCGGAGGAGCAUGGGGCCUGGAACGACUUCCAUCGGGCUUUUCAGGGAUAUGCGGCUGCUGGUUUCCCCAUCGACUGGGAGCUUCAGGCCAUGGCUACAGCGCUGUGGGAUGCAGUACGUUCAACUCCAGACAACCUGGCUACUGCGUCGGCGCUCUUCCAUCAAGUGCUAAUUGGUGAGGCAUCUCCCGAGUUGAUCACGCACUCACGACACUGCCAUUAUGGACUGGUGGUGGCCCUCUUCGUGUUGGCCAGACACACAAUGGCCCCCCAGCUUGAUGCCAAGAUUUCUGAGGGCCAGAACUAUGCGGUGCUGGCGAUGCGUCUGCUUGGCGGGUUUGCUGCCCUGGACUUCCUUGAGGAUUCCUCGUGGCCUUUGUCAUCCUUGGACAUUGCUUCUCUGCAGAUUGCAUUGCGAUCAUGCCAUUCCGGAACUUGUGCCUGGGGCCACACCGGGGACGCCUCCAGAACUCGGACAGUUGUCGAGAGACUCGUGCCCUGGACAGUUCCUGCGACUGGGUUUGCCGAGCAGCCGUCAAGCUCUCUCCCGCUCGGGAUGUGGAAGCUGGCAGUGGUGGGGGCUCACCCGAGCCUUUGCGCAGACAUAGCAUCUGCGGUGCAUUUCGCUGUACAUGGUCGGUCCGAGCAUCGGUAUUUUGGAUUGAGCUGCCCCGGUCAUCAUGCAGCAUCCCAUCAUUGUAGCUUUCGUUGUGAAGUGCUGGAGCAGUGUGAGAAUGAUAUGAUCUUCGAUCGAAUCCUGAGCCGCAUGAUGGACUGGACGCAGUUCGUCGAGAUCGACUAUGAUGAGGAGGUCCUCCGGCAAGAACUUCGUGCCAUAGUUGAGCUGGAUGCUUUCUUGCUCCAAGCUCAUCUGCAAGUAUGCACGGGACCGUACGUUCUCUGCUACAUGAUGCAGCAAGUUCUUCACAUUCCCUUUUUGGUUUACUCCGGUUUGGCUUUGACUUAUUUGGCUUCAGCCGAGAAGCUGGAGGCUUUGUUGCAGUCGGCACGGGCGGCAGCUCUGCCUCAUUCAGGCGAUGCUGUGCGAAGCGCUUUCGUGGUCACCGAUCUCGUUCGGGCCGCGCAGUUCCACCAUGCCACGGGCUUCUGGGCGCCAGUGGUACCUCCGCUGUCGAUGUACCAGAAACUCGGUCACUCAGGACAGAUUUCAUUGCACCCCCAAGCCAUCGCGCUUCGGCCAGAGCUCUGGCGUCGCGCAGCCUUUGGCCCAGCGUUCCGCGGCCUGCUGCGGCAAAUGUUUCCAGGGAAACCUGUGGUGGCCUUUCAAACACAUUUUCUCGCGCUGCGAACGGUUCUUUCCCACGAUGCCGCUCUGAUGAUACCGUGGGACAACGACGUGAUGUCCUUCUUCGAGCUGUACCAUGCAGCCAUGCCAUUGCUGCUUCCAAGCCAAACGCUCAUGGCAAAGUGGCUUCCAGCCGUUCGCUGGGGCUCCCUGGAGUUUGACAGAAUGGUUGGUGACGUUCCAAUGUGCAUGUUUGCCGUCGGGCAGAGUCACAAGCAGAAGCUGCAGACUCCGUGGAUGAAUCAGUCCACUUUGGCUGCCUCACUGGAGGGGGGCGCUCUAGCAUGGAUUGGGGCUACCGACUACUACCGCCUGCCUCACGUCCUUUAUUUUGACUCAGUCGCAUCUGUCGGAAGCUUGAUGCAAAGGCGAGUCCUUCAUGAGGCGAGCGUGAACAUCAAAAUGGAAAGCCGCAGAAUCCGUGCCCACUCGCUUGCCUUCUAUCACGACACUUUGCUACAGCUAAUGGGGGAGAAGCCCAUGCAAGGCACUACUAUUCAGCAAGCACUGCCCGUCGAAAGACGGCACUUUGGACACUGGCAGCAGCUACCACAAGGCGGUACUUGCUGGAAUGGCUUCAUCACGCAAGCUGAUUUCCCUCAGGCUGAAGCAAGGGCUUCGGCCCAUUUGGGCCUCAACCAGUGUCUUCAGCUUUGUGAUGAAACAGCCGGCUGUGCAGUUGCGGCUUUCAAUGGCCUCACCUGCAUGGUCUAUGGCAAGGAAUGCGAUCCUUCAAGUCUACGUCGUGAAGGUGAACGUGGAAGCUAUGUUACAUGGAAGCGUGAAAGAUGA